UCUCUCAUUCUCUCUCUCUCAAUGUGAGCCAGGAGCUCUGCGCAGAGAGCCGCUUUUCAUUCAAACCUCCACAGAGAGCAAACGCGGGAUGUUAUACUGUAUGUAGGCUAUGUGAGCCGGAACAAAAGCGGAGUGAGACAUAAUGAGCGGGCGGGUUCUCAACGGGAAAAUGCUGCAGCUCCAGGGUCAGAGAGCAGGACGGACAAUACACUAUCAUCUCUCAAGUUGGGAUGAAAGCAGCUCCAUCAGCAGCGGUUUGAGUGACGGCUCAGACAACCUCAGCUCAGAGGAGUUCAACGCAGGCUCCUCCCUCAACUCCCUGCCAACUACUCCCAUUGGCUCCCGCCGAAACUCUGCCAUUGUGCUGCGCACUGAUGCCGAGAAACGCUCGCUGGUUGAAAGCGGCCUGUCCUGGUACAGCGAGGAGGGGAAGGCUCAAUGCCGGAACGAGGGAGUAUACGAAACGGGCAGCCUUAAGGCCGAGUCAUCCAGCAAGUGGAAAAAGAGCAGGUCGCAGGAUGACGCAGCAGUCAAGGGUGAACUGAGGAAACCCCAGACGCUUGGCCACCCGCCCAGCGGACUGAAGAAGAGCCGAAACCCUCCUGUGGGAGUCACCUCACCCAUCACGCACACCUCGCAGAGCAUGCUCAAAGUGCCAGGAGUUCCAAAGAAUGACCAACGAGUCGUGGAUAAAGCCAAAAUGGCGGUGAAAACAUCCGGAUUACAGCGCUCCAGUUCGGAUGCAGGGAAAGAACGCGGUGAACACCGAAAACCUCCCUCCGGUCUUGUCCGUCCUUCUGCCGGCACCACAAAUUCCUUUGGUUACAAGAAAACUGUUCCAACUACCGGCACUGCCACUGUCCUAACAACUGGUGGAGAUUCUGCGAUUGGGAGCAAAACUCCUAAAACCUCUGGUAUCCCAGUGAAACCCUCUGCUGGUGGUGUAGUUGGAGGACGAAAGACCAGCCUUGAUGUAUCGAUCUGUGAUCAAGGGUUCAUGGCUCCGAAUGCGCGCAACAACAUCCAGUAUCGGAGUCUCCCAAGACCCGCUAAGUCCAGCACCUUGAGUCUGACAGGAGGACGGCCGGGCGCUCGCCCCGUCAGCAGCAACAUGGACGCUGGUCUGCAGGGUCUAAAAACUGUCCCCACCCCGUCCAGACUGAAGGAACCAGGCAGUGGGAAGAGCUCCCAUCGGGCCAGUACAGGAGGGUACGGUCCAGUCAACCAGACGGACCGUGAGAAGGAGAAGGCCAAAGCCAAGGCAGUGGCGUCUGACUCUGAGUGUUGCGGAGGGGGGUCGCUGAAGAACGGCUUGUUGACACCAACACAGGGUGCGCUGGAGCCUCCUUCCAAACUACUGGGCCUUCGGCAACCAUCCAGCCUGGGGAAAUAUUCAGAGCUGCCGUCUCCCAACUCCCAGAGGCCAUCCAGUGCCAGAUCUCUGCCUAAACCUGCUCACCUGGACAAAGUCAACUCCAACAGCCUGGACUGUGGGAUACUCAAUGUGGAGGACCAGCUUCCCCCCAAAGUGCCGCCCUUCUCCAAAUUACAGGAUCUGUCAGGAAUCAGCAGCUCAAGCUGUCUGACCCCCAGCCCGGCUCCCAUCCUCAACGUCAACUCCUCUGAAUGCUUCUCCAGCGCCACCGUGGGCCGAGGGGGCAGUGCUGGUGGCUCUCCCUCGCUCUACCCCCGCCUCUCCGGCCUGCACCGUAGCAUGGAGUCCUUGUCUCUACAGAUGAGCGUGUCUCCAGCAGGGGGCAGCGUGACGGAGCCCAGGCCCAGACAUGAGGACAGAGGGACGCUCGGUGGCUGGUCAACUGGAAGCAGGGUCUCACUCACUCUCACGACUGACAGCUCACAACGGGACAGAAAUACUCUCCCAAAGAAAGGCUUAAGCCAGCACAUCUCCUUGCAGGCUGAGGAGGACAACAAAGAGAGACGCCACUCACACACCAUCAUGAGCUUGACGGAGACGAACAGUCCGCCACAGUUCCCUUCACCCAUACUGACAGGAAAAAUGCCACUGACAAGCAUCAUGACACCCAGCCCCACCUCAGGAACGCCAAGGAUGACCAGAUCCAACAGCAUUCCCACUCACGAGGCCAGUUUUGAUCUGUAUCAGUCCUCACCGCUGGGCAGCACCCUAUCACUCGCCGAGCGGCCCAAGAGCAUGAUCCGAUCCGGCUCCUUCAGAGACAGAGAUCCCGGCGAUGACGUUCAUGGCUCAGUGCUCUCACUGGUGUCCAAUGCCUCCUCCAACUACUCCUCGGCGGAGGAGAGAAUUCAGGGCGAGCAAAUCCGUAAGCUGAGGAGGGAGCUGGAAUCUUCCCAGGAGAAGGUGGCCAAUCUGACCUCACAGCUGUCUGCUAAUGCGAACCUGGUGGCAGCGUUUGAGCAGAGUCUGGCCCUCAUGACCUCUCGACUCCAGUGCCUCUCUGUCAGUGCUGAGCAGAAGCGGGUUCCUGAGGGGAAAAAGGAGAACGGACACGAGAAAGACAGUGAAUUAACAGACCUGAGAGAAACAAUCGAGAACCUUAAAACCAAGAACCUGGAGGCACAGGCCGUCAUCCAAGUCGCCCUCAAUAACCCUGAUGUUGCCCCCAAAGAGUUUCGAAUCAGGAGGCAGAAUUCAUCCGAGAGCAUCUCUAGCCUGAACAGCAUUACCAGCCACUCCAGUGUGGGCAGCCUGAAAGACGAUGCCAAGAAGAAGAAGAAAAAGAGCUGGUUGCGAAGCUCUUUUGGCAAGGCGUUCAGCAUAAAGAAGGGUGCUAAAGGUGGCUCGAUGUACUCUGAUAUUGAAGAGAUCACCACUCCAGAUUCUUCUGCCCCCAAUUCACCAAAACUGGCCCAUGAAGACGGAGAGAAUCCGCUCCCUUCCCUUCAAUCCAGCCAAUCAGCCAUCUCCUCUGUGAUCCAUGAAAGUAACGAGGAAAACGAGAGCGAUGAGAAGGCGGUAUCGGAUCUGCGGUCUGAGCUGUGGGAGAAAGAGAUGAAACUGACGGAUAUCCGGCUAGAGGCGCUGAGCUCGGCCCACCAGCUGGAGCAGCUGCGAGAGUCCAUGAACAACAUGCAGAUGAUGGUGGAGAGUCUGAAGGCAGAGAACGACCAGCUGAAAACAGGAAGUGCUCCGUCGUCCCUAGUCCUCCCUAGCGGCCCACCUUCUACUUCCACCUCCCAGCCCUCUGGCCUCGCCAGCCUCCUGAACUCCAACCAAAGCAAACCACCCAUGAGCCUCACCAAGUCCUUCAGCCUCAGCCUCAAUGAGUGCUCCAACCCUGUUGCUCCUAUGGAGUUACUGAGCCUGUCAUCUCAGAGGGACGAGGACUUUACACGCGUUGUGGUCCGUAUUGCUGACCAGCAAGUGCCCAGAGAGGAGGUGAGGCAGCAGGAUUUCUACAUCGGCUCAGUGAGAAUUAAUGGGAAAACUGAGUGGUCGACGUUAGACACAGAUAUUUCCACAGCUUUCAGGGAUUACAUUUCCCUGGUGGAUCCCAGUACAAGUAUGGGACUGUCUGUCGACUCUAUCCACAGUUACGCUAUUAAUCAGAGCAGGAGAGUGCUUGGAGCCGAGGCUCCUGAAAGUUCACCCUGUGACUGUUUAAAAAAGGGUCCUGGACUCGUCACUGUCACCCUCAAAGGUGUUGAGGAUAAAUGUGUGGAUAGUCUGGUUUUCGAGACGCUCAUCCCCAAGCCAAUGAUGCAACACUACAUUAGUCUGCUUCUGAAGCACCGGCGGCUGGUCCUGUCGGGCCCCAGUGGCACAGGGAAGACCUAUCUCACCACCCGUCUGACUGAGUACCUGCUGGAGAGGAGCGGCCGGGACCCCAGCCCGGGCCUUAUCACCACCUUCAACAUGCACCAACAGACCUACAAGGACCUCCAGUUGUACCUGUCUAAUCUGGCCAAUCAGAUUGACCGUGAUUGUGGCACUGAGGACAUUCCAUUGGUCAUUAUCUUGGAUGAUAUCAGUGAUGGGUCCUCCAUCACCGAUCUGGUCAAUAGUGCGCUGACCUGCAAAUAUCACAAAUGCCCGUAUGUCAUUGGAACCACCAAUCAAUCUGUUAAGAUGUCGUCAAAUCAUGGCCUGCAUCUCAGUUUUAGAAUGAUCACCUUCUCUAACAACGUGGAGCCUGCAAAUGGGUUCCUGGUGCGGUACUUGCACCGGAAAUUGGUCGAGACGGAGGAUGACAGCGCGGUUCAAAGCGCUGAGGUCCUGAGGGUCCUGGACUGGGUGCCUAAACUCUGGUACCAUCUCCAUACAUUCCUGGAGAAACACAGCACCUCAGACUUCCUCAUAGGUCCCUGCUUCUUCCUGUCUUGUCCAGUAACUUUAGCAGAGUUUCGCACCUGGUUUAUUGACCUCUGGAACCAGUCCAUUAUUCCUUAUCUUCAGGAGGGAGCUAAGGAUGGUGUGAAGGUCCAUGGUCAGAAAGCAGCUUGGGAGGAUCCAGUGGAGUGGGUGAGGGAUACACUGCCCUGGCCUUCAGCUCAACAGGACCAGGCCAAACUCUUUCACCUCCCUCCACCAACCAACGGCCCCAACUCUGCUUCAACACUCCAGCAGACCAGCGACGACAGGUCCAAAAAGGACACGUCCCUUCCCACCAUGGAGUCCGAUCCACUGAUGGCGAUGCUGCUGAAACUCCAGGAGUCUGCCAACUACAUUGAAUCGCCGGAACGGGACAUUUCAGGCAACCCCACAUUCUAGGUCGUUGAGCUAAAAGACUUGAGAGCUCGCUAAUGGCUAGUGCUGUUUCAAAACACUGUUCUGUACAGCCUAUUUUGCACCUCCUUUUUCCUUCAAAAGGUUUGAGAGAGUCGAGGAAGAGGAACUCUCAAGAACAUCCAGGUCAAGGCAGACAAAACUCUCAGCCUGAAAGUAAAACAGAAAAACUGAUCCUGCCAGAUCUGAGCGAGAAUCCUUUUUGCACUGUUGUCUUAACCGGUCCUUCCUUUGCUUAUCUAACCUGCAAGUUGCAUGGCAAUACUUGCAACUGAGGAUUGUGAAGAUUUUGGAUGAUUGUGAAGAUGAGAUGUUCUUGUCUACCGUACUGGGAACAAAAUGUGCUUCAUAUUUGUUUGAUUUGACUUUUGUUUUAGGUAAUAUCUGUCCAUUUGGACCAAAAAUCUAUUUAUUCUUAUUUGCAAGAGUACCGACACUCCAUCCUCAAAAUCAAGUCGCCUGAACCCUGUACACAAAGGUGCGGUUACAUUUAGACCAACUCGCAUGGAUGCAAAAUAUAAUGUACAAGAUGGUGCUUAGAAUUCAGCCUUAACUGAUGUCCCUCCAUAUAUCAUGAAGUCAGUUUCAUAGCAAAUGGAAAAAAACUCUUUAUUACCUCAGUUUGCAUAGUGAUGCAGUUUCAAGGUGCAGUACAUACCCGUAACCACGUUGCUUUUAUUCCUAUCAAACAUGCAGACAUGAAGGAGACAGAUGUAGACUGUAGAUCUCUGAGAUGAUGCACUUUGAUUUGUAGCUUUCAAGCAAGAGCACUGACUGUUUGUUUAAAACUCGAGGGCCGUUCACUCUGACGGUGAUUUGCAGCGACAAAGCAACCAGAACUUAUGUGCUUUCAAUGAGGGUUGAAGGCGGCAUGAGCGACAGAGACUGUUGGCGAUGGGCAAAGUUUAACUAUAUGCAAAUUUGACAUUACCAAUGGGAGAGUAGACAGUGAAGCUCAUGCAUUCUGCUGCUUGAUAUUGUUGGUUAUUCAUUGUCUACGAAAGUUGCUGAAUUUUGACGGCACUUGGAUAUGCAGCAAAAGCAGUGGGGCUCAUGUGAUCCACCGCCUGAUACAGUUGGGGGCAACCUCAGGUGAUUUAAUCGCUAGCAGUGAUAACAGGUGCUUUUACCGGUGCAUGGGAGCAGUAUGCAACUUCUUACUUUCAGUAAUCAUGUAUUUGACCUUCAGGCCUGGGUAUACUUCAUUUUCGACGUUAAGCUCAGUCUCACGCACAGCCCAGACGGCA